AAGCAUGGCGGCUCCCGGGGCCGCAGCUACAGACCUAGAGGUGGUCCGAGGCAAGCGGGCCGCUCUCUUCUUCGCUGCCGUGGCCAUCGUGCUGGGGUUGCCGCUCUGGUGGAAGACUACGGAGACCUACCGGGCCCCAUUGCCUUACUCUGAGAUCAGUGGGCUGAAUGCCCUGCAGCUGCGGCUCAUGGUGCCCGUCACUGUCGUAUUUACCCGAGAGUCAGUGCCGUCGGACGACCAGGAGAAGCUGCCCUUCACCGUUGUGCAUGAGAGAGAGAUCCCUCUGAAAUACAAAAUGAAAAUCAAGUGCCGUUUCCAGAAGGCUUAUCGGAGGGCUCUGGACCACGAGGAAGAGGCCCUGUCACUGGGCAGUAUGCAAGAGGCAGAAACCAUGUUAGCUGAGCCGCAGGAGCAAGCAGAGGGCUCCCUGACUGUGUACGUGAUCCCCGAACACUCCUCACUUCUGCCCCAGGACAUGAUGAGUUACAUCGGGCCCGAGAGGACAGCAGUCGUGAGAGGGAUAAUGCACCGCGAGGCCUUUAACAUAGUCGGCCGCCGGGUGAUCCAAGUAGCGCAGGCCAUGUCUUUGACUGAAGAUGUGCUUGCUGCGGCCCUGGCUGACCACCUUCCAGAGGACAAGUGGAGCUCUGAUAAGAGGCGGCCUCUCAAGUCCAGCUUGGGCUAUGAGAUCACCUUCAGUUUACUCAACCCAGACCCCAAGUCCCACGACGUCCACUGGGACAUCGAGGGGGCUGUCCGGCGCUAUGUGCAGCCCUUCCUGAGUGCCCUCAGCGCUGCCGGCAACUUCUCUGUGGACUCUCAGAUUCUUUACUAUGCAGUGUUGGGGGUAAACCCACGCUUUGACCCAGCUUCCUCUAGCUACUACUUGGCCGCACAUAGCCUCCCCCAUGUCAUCAAUCCAGUGGAGUCCCGUCUGGGAUCCAGUGCUGCCUCCCUUUACCCUGUGCUCAACUUUCUGCUCUACGUACCUGAGCUUGCCCACUCCCCCCUGUACAUUCAGGACAAGGACGGCGCUCCAGUGGCCACCAACGCCUUCCAUAGUCCCCGUUGGGGUGGCAUUAUGGUAUACAAUGUGGACCCCAAAGCCUACAAUGCCUCGAAGCUGCCGGUGAGGGUUGAAGUGGACAUGGAGCAAGUGAUGGAGGUGUUCCUGGCUCAGUUGCGGUUGCUCUUUGGGAUUGCUCAGCCCCAGUUGCCUGUGAAAUGCCUGUUUUCAGGGCCUAAGAGUGAAGGGCUAACGACCUGGGAGCUUGACCGGCUGCUCUGGGCUCGGUCAGUGGAAAACCUGGCCACAGCCACUACCACUCUCACUUCCCUGGCCCAGCUUCUGGGCAAGAUCAGCAACAUUGUCAUCAAGGACGAUGUGGCGUCUGAGGUGUACAGGGCUGUAGCUGCAGUCCAGAAGGCGGCAGAGGAGUUAGCCUCUGGGCACCUGGCCUCUGCCUUCACUGCCAGCCAGGAAGCUGUGACGUCCUCGGAGCGUGCCUUUUUUGAUCCCUCGCUCCUCCACCUCCUUUAUUUCCCUGACGACCAGAAGUUUGCCAUCUACAUCCCACUCUUCCUGCCUAUGGCUGUGCCCAUCCUCCUGUCCCUGGUCAAGAUCUUCCUGGAAACCCGCAAGUCCUGGAAAAAGCCUGAGAAGAUAGACUGA